CCGGCCGUCGUUUCCCCCCAUCCCCGGGGGAGGCGCGUGCGCGGGCGGCGGCCAUGGCGGGAGCGCUGGUGCGGGCCGGCCGUGCCUCGGACCUGCGGGGAUCGCUGUCACCGCUGAGGGCGGCCUGGGCGCUCCUGGUUUGCAGGCUGAAGUCAUCGGUCAGCUUUCUCACUCGACCAGAUCGACCAAAUAUUGCUUAUCAGAAACUAAAAGGCAGAAAUCCAGGGGUUAUUUUCCUUCCAGGCUUCAAUUCAAAUAUGAAUGGUCAGAAAGCAACUGCCCUUGAAGAUUUCUGCAAAUCAUUAGGUCAUGCCUUCAUCAGAUUUGACUAUACGGGAUGUGGAAGUUCAGAUGGUAAAUUUGAAGAGUGUACAAUUGGGAAGUGGAGAAAAGAUGUUCUGUCUAUACUGGAUGAACUAACAGAUGGACCACAGAUUCUGGUGGGCUCUAGCAUGGGUGGAUGGCUGAUGCUUCAUGCUGCAAUAGCACGUCCAGAUAAAGUAGCUGCUCUGGUUGGAGUAGCUGUAGCAGCAGAUCAUAUUGUAACAACUUUUAAGAGGCUUCCUAUUGAGGCACAAAAAGAAAUAGAAGAAAAGGGUGAAUGGAAGUAUCAAACAAAACAAAAUGAGGAAGGAUAUUACUCCUUGACCUAUGACUUCAUCAGAGAAGCAGAAAAUCACUGCGUGCUGAAUAGUCCUAUUCCUGUGACAUGUCCCGUACGCCUUAUCCACGGCAUGAAGGAUGGGGAUGUCCCUUGGGAGAUCUCUAUGCAAGUUGCUGACCGUGUUUUGAGCAAGGACGUGGAUGUUAUCCUCCGCAAAAUUGGCCAGCAUCGGAUGAGUGACAAGGAGGAUACCAAGCUCAUUGUGAAUACUGUUGAUGAUCUAAUUGACAAGCUGUCAACAGUAGCAUAAGCUGAAGAGUAGCAUUAGUGCAUGAACUCUACACCUGACUCUUUUCCUUGAGUAACAGAAGCCUUGUUCUUUCCCAGAUGGUGGCAGGCCUGUGACUGUCACAGUAGGAACUGAGCUUUAUCUGCUGUUUCCUUACCUCUGUUUUGUAAAUACAGGAAUUGUAUUAUUGCUGCAUUUGCACACAGUCCAGAGUGUGAAGAAGUGCUGCUAUUGUGUUCAGAACCUCUCCUUCACCACUUUACCCAUUUUUUUUUCACAAAUUUCCUACAAUUUUGUUCUGACAUGUUGAUUACUUUUUGUUGCUAUUGGCCUGUACAGUAAACCUUUAUUUUCACAUCUUUGACACCUGUUACUGUCCUUCCGCUGUGAUAUCAUUGUAUCUUAUGUCUGAAAUCAUCUGUGCAAGGCAAACUACAACUUGAGUGUUUACCGAAGUUAGUUAUUAGAAUAGUGAGUAGUGAGUACCAUGAAACACAAUAAACAGAUUUCAGAUAAAUGGUUAUUUUGUUCUGAAGUGCUGUUAAAAUGUGGAAAGCACACCCUGAUGGUGUGCUUGGGGUACUACAUAGGGAAGAAUUUGACUUCUAAGAAAGCAGAGCCUCACAGCCUUAAGAGCUCUUUAUCUGUGCUUUGAGGAGGGUGUGUGUGAUCUUCUCCAGGCUGCCAUUGUCGUUCAUUUGUGGGCCUACUGUUAAGGAAACAAUAAAUAAUUUUGGUGUAAAC